AGAGUCGAGGUUUGGGCUCUAGGUCCUGAAGGGCUUUUUUGCUACCCGUAUUUUCAUUUUUUUGCGCCAUCAAGUUGUAUCACUUAGGAGGCUGUUGAAGUUUCUCCAUUCGUGCGAAAGAGGGCUAAGCCCCACCUCUCAUCUAGCUUUGUGCACGUAGCUCCUCAGUUACCAUCUUGAGCAACCCUUUCUUUCUUUUGUGGGGCUGGUCAAGUCUACAAGGCAAAUUGCGUGGAAGGCACUUUUCUCACCUUCACGGGCUCCGUAUAAGUUCCCGCUGAUCUCAUUUAUUCCAUCCCGGCGCUCCCACCUCUCACGUAGCUUCAGGAAGGGCGGGACAGGAGAGGGAGAGCUGGCCUUGACACUCGAGCCCUCAGGAGGAUUUAGAGGAACGAGGGAGCUUUGGCCUUUCAGCCAGGAGAAUAACGCUGGCUUCCCCAGAGCCAUACUCGAGGUGCGAGGGACCCCGGCCCUUCCCGUCGGGAAAACGAGGGAGUAGAAGUCAAGGAGCGUCUAGCUGGGUUGAGGCCAACUACGAUGUGAGCAACUUUCCCUCAGCCGCGGGGUCCAGGGCGCGUCAACCACUCGGCGCAGCGCUGCGCGGAACUGGCUGCCGGCGCUCACAAUGCGGGUUCGCACCCUCGGGGCGGGAGCCUGCGCGUUGCCAUGACAGCGGCACGCGAGGCGCGCACCCGGGGGCCCGCCACCCCCAGGAGCGCGCAGCCUCCCCCCGCCCCGACCCCCCCCUCCGGGUUGCAGAGCGCACCCCCCGCCCCCGGCUGUGGGAAGGGGCCGGGCCAGCCGCCUGACGUCUGUGUGGGGCUCGGAAGAUGGCUGCGGCGGCGGCGGCGGCGGGCGGGGGCUCCGCCUUGAGCGUGGGGCGCUGAGUUGAGAGGCGCGGAGGCUGCUAGGGCGCUAGGGGGGCUUAGGGGGCAGCUCGGCGACGCCUCCCCGCCACCCGCCGCAACAUGGGCAGCGCGGAGGACGCAGUCAAAGAGAAACUGCUGUGGAACGUGAAAAAGGAGGUGAAGCAAAUCAUGGAGGAGGCUGUCACCAGGAAGUUUGUGCAUGAGGAUAGCAGCCACAUCAUUGCUCUGUGUGGUGCAGUGGAGGCUUGCCUCCUACAUCAGCUGAGACGCCGUGCUGCGGGCUUCCUGCGCAGUGACAAGAUGGCGGCCCUGUUCACCAAGGUGGGAAAGACAUGCCCAGUGGCUGGGGAGAUUUGCCACAAGGUACAGGAGCUGCAGCAGCAAGUAGAGGGCAGGAAACCCUUAGCAGGCAACCAGGAUGCCCUGCGGAGACAGGGCUCUGCCAGCGGGAAGGGCCCAGCUCUCAGCCUACAGGCCUUAAAGCACAUAUGGGUGCGCACAGCGCUCAUCGAGAAAGUGUUGGACAGGGUCAUGCAGUACCUGGUGGAGAACUGCAGCAAGUACUACGAGAAGGAGGCUUUACUGGCAGAUCCUGUGUUUGGCCCCAUCUUGGCCUCUCUUCUAGUGGGACCCUGUGCCUUGGAGUACACCAAGCUCAAGACAGCUGAUCACUACUGGACUGACCCCUCUGCUGAUGAGCUGGUCCAGAGGCACCGUAUCCGGGGUCCCCCCAGUCGCCAGGACUCCCCUGCAAAGCGCCCAGCCCUAGGAAUUCGGAAGCGGCAUUCAAGUGGCAGUGCGUCAGAAGACAGGCUGGCUGCCUGCGCCCGUGAGUAUGUGGAGUCCCUGCACCAGAAUUCCAGGACACGCCUGCUCUAUGGCAAGAACAACGUGCUGGUGCAGCCGAAGGAGGACAUGGAGGCUGUCCCUGGCUACCUCUCCCUGCACCAGUCUGCAGAGAGCCUAACUCUGAAGUGGACCCCCAACCAGCUCAUGAACGGGACUCUGGGGGACUCCGAGUUGGAGAAAAGCGUUUACUGGGACUAUGCCCUGGUUGUCCCCCUCAGUCAGAUCGUCUGCAUCCACUGCCACCAGCAAAAGAGUGGCGGCACGCUCGUGCUGGUGAGCCAGGAUGGCAUCCAGAGGCCACCGCUGCACUUCCCACAGGGAGGACACCUGCUGUCCUUUCUGUCCUGCCUGGAGAAUGGGCUGCUGCCCCGAGGCCAGCUAGAGCCCCCACUCUGGACGCAGCAGGGGAAGGGGAAAGUGUUCCCCAAGCUACGGAAACGCAGCAGCAUACGGACCGUGGAUGUGGAGGAGAUGGGCACCGGGUGGGCCACAGACUACGUGUUCCGGAUCAUUUACCCCGGCCACAGGCACGAGCACAUCACUAUUAACUACCACCACCUAGCGGCCAGCCGCGCGGCCUCGGUGGACGAUGAUGAGGAAGAGGAGGAUAAACUGCACGCGAUGCUCUCAAUGAUCUGCUCGCGGAACCUCACAGCUCCCAAUCCGAUGAAAGAUGCUGGUGACAUGAUCGAAAUGCAGGGCUUUGGGCCCAGCCUGCCAGCCUGGCACCUGGAGUCCCUGUGCAGCCAGGGCUCCUCCUGCCUCUUCUGCUCUACCCGCAGCUCCCCAUAUGCCACCCCCAGCCGCUGCAGCUGUGUCCCCGACCGGUUGCCCCUCAGGUUGCUGUGUGAGAGCAUGAAGAGGCAGAUUGUGUCCCGGGCCUUCUAUGGCUGGCUGGCCUACUGCCGCCACCUGUCCACUGUGCGGACCCAUCUGUCAGCACUGGUGCGUCACCACAUCAUCCCUCCUGCCCGGCCCCCGGGGGCCUCAGGGGGCCUCACCAAGGACGUGUGGAGCAAGUAUCAGAAGGACGAAAAGAACUACAAGGAGUUGGAGCUGCUACGGCAAGUUUACUAUGGAGGCGUGGAGCAUGAGAUCCGUAAGGACGUCUGGCCCUUUCUGCUUGGCCACUACAAGUUUGGCAUGAGCAAGAAAGAGAUGGAGCAGGCGGACUCGGCAGUGGCAGCAAGGUACAAGCGGGUGCUGGCGGAGUGGAAGGCCUGCGAGGCGGUGGUGAGGCAGCGGGAGCGGGAGGCUCAGCCGGCCCCAUUCACCAAGUUCUCCUCGGGCAGCAGCAUCGACAGCCAUGUGCAGCGCCUCGUCCACCGAGAUUCCACCAUCAGCAAUGACGUAUUUAUCUCUGUGGAUGACCUGGAGCCCCCAGAGCCCCCGGGCACUGAAGAUUGCAGACCCGAGCCUGAGCAGGAGCUGGGAGCGGGGCCCCCGGGCACCGCCGUGGCGGGACGGCAGCAGUCCGUGGAGUUUGACUCCCCCGACUCGGGACUGCCGUCCUCUCGAAAUUACUCCGUGACCUCGGGCAUCCAGUCGAGCAUAGAUGAGGGGCAGAGCAUGGGCUUCGAGGAGGAGGAUGGCGGUGGGGAGGAAGGCUCCAGCGGGCUGGUCCCAGCGGCUGGCGCUUUCUCCGAGCCCCGGGACGCCAGCCCACACAAGGCCUCGCGGGCCAGCGAACUGGAGGCAGGGGCCGAGCUGGUGGCCAUGUGCACUGCUGCCUACACCAUAGAAUUACUGGAUACUAUGGCCUUAAAUCUGCACCGCAUAGACAAGGAUGUGCAGCGCUGUGACCGCAAUUACUGGUACUUCACGCCCCCCAACCUCGAGAGGCUCAGAGACAUCAUGUGCAGCUACGUGUGGGAGCACCUGGACGUGGGUUAUGUGCAGGGCAUGUGCGACCUGCUGGCACCUCUCCUGGUCAUCCUAGACAACGAUCAGCUGGCCUACAGCUGUUUCAGCCACCUCAUGAAGAGGAUGAGCCAGAACUUCCCCAAUGGGGGCGCCAUGGACACCCACUUUGCCAACAUGCGCUCCCUCAUCCAGAUCCUGGACUCAGAGCUGUUCGAGCUGAUGCAUCAGAAUGGAGACUACACCCACUUUUACUUCUGUUACCGUUGGUUCUUGCUGGAUUUUAAAAGAGAGCUGCUCUAUGAGGAUGUGUUUGCCGUGUGGGAGGUGAUCUGGGCGGCCCGGCACAUCUCGUCAGAGCACUUUGUCCUGUUCAUCGCCCUGGCCCUGGUGGAGGCCUACCGUGAGAUUAUCCGGGACAACAACAUGGACUUCACCGAUAUCAUCAAGUUCUUCAACGAACGGGCUGAGCAUCACGAUGCCCAGGAGAUCCUGCAGAUUGCCCGGGAGCUCGUCCACAAGGUGCAGAUGCUCAUAGAAAACAAGUGAGGGCUGCGGCCGGGAAGCAGCGGCCAACUAGGGCCUGGGCUCCGGUCCCCCGGGCUGCACAGGGAGAGGUGCAGGGCAGCACUGCUGAGACUGCCCGACCCCCAGCCGGCCCCGCCUGCCCACCUGAGUUCCUAAAAAAGUGCUUGUGAGCCUGGGAUCCGACUCCGGGCAGUGCUGGCCCUGCGAAGGGGGCAAGUCAGGGGCCUGGAUGCCUCAGGCCGGGGAGGGGCAGGGAGGGGGCGGGUUGGCCUCAGGGAGCGGCUGCCUUGGGGGACACCUACUCUGCUCCCGUCUCCAACACCUGGGGAUAGCCCCCCUGUCGCCUGCAGCCUCGGCCUCUCCUAGGAGAGCUAACAGGGCUGGAGCUGCCUGGCCCCAGCCGGCGCGGGUCGUGUGGGCCAAGGGACCCUGUGCUGUACCUCUUCUUCGAGUCCCUUGGCAGGCGGCGUGCCUGUGCCCAGCGCAGCCCCCGUGGGGGCAGCCAGAACGGGUGCAGCAGCAGCGGCGCUGCCACGGCCUCUGGCCCCCGCGGUGAGCCUGGCCCGGCCUGCCCAGGGCGCCCACGUGCACCUGCCCGGGUCCCCUCUCACCGCCUGGCUCUCGCUUUACGCAUUAGUCCCUUUCCUGACAACUGUGUAAGUGACGCUUUUGCCCGCCGGGUGAUCUGGAAUGCGGUGGGGGCAUUUCCCUCUGCAGAGGAAUCCCAGGGUGGCUGGCUCUUAAGGGGGGAAAUCCUCUCAUAGCCUCCUCUCAAGGACAGGCCCGGCGCCCAUCUCAGGCACCUGCUGAGUCCCUGGGUCUAGGAACAGGGGAGGAUGCCUGGGUCUCCCUUGUUUGUCCCUGGUGAGAAGCAAGGCUAGCUCUGCCGGCUGCGUGCUGCUGAGGGUGCGGAGAGGCCGCGAGACCCGGAAGUGCCCUUGGAGGAGCCUCACCCAGGGGUGCUGGGAAGGGCCUAGCUCCUAGGCACGCUGCUUGCUCUGCCGUCCCCACGUCCCCUCCACCCCUAAACACUUGAGGCUAGGGCUUUGUCCUGGGGCGAGGAGGCCACUCUGCCACAGGGGCCAGGGCCUGUCCAGCAGUCCCUUCGGUCUAGAGACUUCCUGCAUUUGAGAAGCAGGGAAAGGGCCCCGCGGCCCUUCUGCAUCCGGCACAGUCUCCCCAGCCCACCCCUGUCCUGGGCACUGCACAGCCGGUCUGGGGGCCAGCCGCCCCAUUGCCUACCCCUGUUGUCGGUGAGUCCUUGGCUGCCACCAAGCAUGGCGGCCAUUGUGUGCCUGCCUUAGUGAUUCAGUGGUUUUGUGAGAAGCAGAGUGUGUAUGUCUUUUGGCUCAGAAACUGUACUCUUCAGUGUUAACAGACCAAUAAACCCAGCAUUUGGCAAUG